AUGUCACAGGAACUUUUAUAUAUUAAAGAGUUAGCCAGAAUUACACAAGAAGCUGCUUUAAUCAGAAAAGAAUUAGAGUCAAUUAGAGCCGAAGCUAAUAAGGUUCAAUCAGCACCAAAAACUACCACCCCAACACCAACACCAACACCAGCACCAACUGUUGCAGCAACACCAAAACCAGUUACCCCAACACCAGCACCAACCACCACCACCCCAACACCAAAACCAGUUACUCCAACACCAGCAGCUACAAAACCAACACCAGCACCAUCGACAGUUAACAACACUGCUGCUCCAACCAAAACAGUUCAAGAAAGAUUAAAUACCGUUUCAUCAGUUGAUAAAGUUGUCACAACACCUGCUGGUUUCAAAGCUGGUUCCUCAACAACCCCAGCCACAUCCGCACCAGUUGCCACUAAAACUCCAGCUUCAUUCAACUCACCAGCUAAACCAGCUACCACACCAGCUGCUUCAGCUUCACCAUCUUCAAACCCACAAAUUAAAACUAUCGUUGAUGCAGUUAAAGCUAAAUCAAAAGUUGAUAAAACAAUGGACCCAACCAAACUUGAAAAUUACUUAACUGAAGAAGAUUUCAAGGUUGUAUUUGGAACAAGCAAAGAUGAGUUUGCUAAAUUACCAAAAUGGAAGCAAGAUGGAAAAAAGAAAGAAACUGGUAUUUAUUAA